AUGCAAAAGAUCUGGAAACUAUCUAAAAGGUGGGAUGAUGUUUUGCCACCAGAACUUCAAGAAGAGUGGUCGAAGAUCAAGAAAGACCUCGAGAACAUAGCAUACCAGGAAUUCCCACGCUUCACAGCCAACAGAGGGACCAACUACUCUCUUCACGUAUUCUGUGAUGCUAGUGAAAAGGCCUAUGGGGCUGCAGCCUAUUUGAUGGACCAACACGCAGGUGCGAACCUAGUUUUCUCUAAAGCAAGAGUCGCCCCUCUCAAAAAGAAAAGCAUACCACAACUUGAGCUGACUGCCAACUAUAGUGCAGUCAAAAUAGCUGACUACCUCAGAACCGUUUCCACUACCGAUGGUGUCAAGAUUACUGACACUGUCAUAUGGUCUGACAGUGAAGUUGCCCUACACUGGAUUCAGAACAACAAAUCUAAAACCAUCUAUGUCCGCAACAGGGUGAAUGAGGUAAGUCAGGUCACUGAAGUGAGGUACCUCUAUGUACCUGGUGAAGAAAACCCAGCAGACCUUGUCUCUAGAGGAAUUUCCCUGAGGCAGUUUAAGAAAAGUCAAAUUUGGUUCCAUGGCCCAAGUUGGCUCCCGAACCCAGAGAUGUGGCCAGAGCAGGCAGAUGUAUCUACAUGCUACCCACCUGAAACACCUGAAGAAGUUUUAACUACAGUUGUCAGUGAAGAAGCUACUUGUCCCAUAGAGAUCCGUAGGUUCGCUUCCCUUCCUAAAAUUAUAAAUGUCACUAAGCUAGUAAUUAAGUUCACUAGGCUCCUUAAACGUACCAUUGGGAAUCGUAAAACUAAGAACUCUGGACCCGUAAACUCUGAAAAUGUCGAAGUACAGAACUCAGAAGCAUUACGAAUUCUUAUUGGCUUCACACAGAGUCAGUAUUUCCCAGAGGAGUUGUCAUACCUUAACAAGAAUUCCCACAAAAUUCCAGCCAGAAUUAAAAGCCUAGGCUUGUUCCUGGAUAGGAAUGGACUUUUGCGAUGCACUGGGAGACUACAAAAUGCGGACCACCUUCCAUAUAGCAGUAAAUUUCCUCUGCUUUUACCUCCAAAUUCUCCCUUGACUGGACUUAUAGUCAUUCAAGCACAUGAAAAUGUUCUUCAUGCAGGCGUUCAAGACACAAUUUGCAAGGUGAGAGAAGAAUACUGGAUACCAAGACUGAGACAGUGUGUCAAGAAGAUGAAAACGAAGUGUCACCUAUGUAACCGUCUGGAAGGACCUGCAUUGCGCAGGCCUCCUCCGCCACCUCUACUGGCUUGCAGAGUGAAUAGUCUCCGGCCAUUUGAGGUGACCGGAGUAGAUUUGACUGGACAAAUUCUUAUCUGCAAUCCAGCCACUAAAGAACUAGACAAGGUUUACAUAGUCGUAUUCACUUGUACCUCAACACGAGCUUGUCACCUGGAAGUGGUAAAAGACUUAACCAGCACUGCUUUUCUCAAUUCCUUCAGGCAAUUCACUGCACGAAGAUCUUGCCCUCGUCGAAUGAUUUCUGACAACGCCACUAACUUCAAAACUGGUUCUUCCUUGAUUCAGUCCUUGUAUGAUGACACUGACGUACAGUCCACACUGACUAAGGAAAAUUGUAAAUGGACAUUCAUCACACCUAGGGCACCCCAUCAAGGAGGCUUCUAUGAGAGGAUGGUUGGCAGUGUGAAAUCAGCACUAAAGAAAGCUAUAUUCAAGAAGAGGAUUAAUUCUGACGAACUGAAUACCAUUGUCACUGAGAUAGAGCGUCGUAUUAACAAUAGACCUCUUACAUAUGUGGAUGCUACAUCUCCAGAUACCGUCGAUGCCCUUACCCCUUCUCACCUGUUGUAUGGCUACCGGUUAAACUCGUUACCCACUACCAUAGACCGGGACUACCUGAAUGACCCAGAUUUUGAGCUUGACCACAAACAAUGUAAUGAGAGAUUCAAGUUUGUAUCUCAGGUAAUACAUGCAUUCCAAGAACAGUGGGAGAAGGAAUACUUGCAGUCCCUGAGAGAUAGACACUAUUUCAACGGAGAUCCAACUCAACCGUUCCAAACCAAGAUUAAAGUAGGAGAUGUGGUGUUAGUACAUAAUGACACCCCUCGUUGCAUGUAG